UCCCCGGGAGCGGCCCGCAGCCCAGCUAUUAAGACGCCACCGGGAAGUUUGCACGCUCCGCCCGGGUUUUGCUUAGCGGCUGGUGGUUCGCAAGGUCCAAACGGGAGAGCAACCGGCUGCACAGACGCGACCGAGGAGCAGAGCGCAUCCUCUCAGCUGCUCUCCUGCGCAUGGAGAGACUCAUGAUCCCAGAGAGAGACGUGACAGGGCAGUUUUCCCAAGUCUCCUCCCCUCCCCGCUUUGCUCUGCAGUCACUUCCUGCAGCUGUUUCCAUCUGUGUCCGGUUAUGCUGCUCUCUCCCCCCCCCCCCACUCCACCGGCUUUCUCGCCCAUCCACCGGUUCUCUUCGUAGCCCCUUUAGACCUGGCUUUUUUUAAGUUAUAAAAGAGGCGCCACGAAAGCUCUCCACGACCCCAUGCUCGGGGAUGCGGCGCGCGCCUGGCCGGCUCCAUCUCCGGGAAAAUCCUUGCAGGAGCCUCCUGUGAAUCGCUCUCUUUUCCUUCCACCACCAGCCUUCGCGAAGCCGAGCCGCCGUUGGUCUCCUGUCAUCAGAGGAAGCGAUGCCAGACGUUCUCUCGACAAAUGAUCCUCUUGCAUCAAGCUGGAUUUCCUCUUGCUCCUCCUGAGAAGCUCCCAUCGCUUCCUAUGUCAGUGGGCGCCAGGCCUGCAGCCAACUUGCGACUAUCCCCACAGAAACCUCUCGGACUGGGGCCGUCCUUGCCACUCGCACAAGAUGAGGAACUUGCUACAGGGGUGGAGCAGGACCCUGUGUUGGAGGAACUUUGUAAGCCUUUGUGCUGCAGGCUUUGUAACGUCACGCUGAAUUCUGCACAGCAAGCCCAGGCUCAUUACCAGGGUAAAAACCAUAGUAAGAAACUUCGGAAUUACUAUGCUGCCAACAGCUGUCCAGCUCCUGCCAGGAUGGGUAGUUCCCUUGAGCCAGCCACCCAACCGGUGGUUUCCCUUCCGCUCCAGGGCGCUUCCUCAAAACCAGGAGGGCGGGUGAUCCUGGCCACAGAAAAUGACUACUGCAAAUUGUGUGACGCUUCGUUCAGUUCGCCGGCUGUGGCCCAGGCUCACUACCAAGGGAAGAAUCACGCAAAGAGGUUGCGCCUGGCUGAAGCUCAAAACAACGCAUUCUCGGAGUCAUCAGAAGUGGUGGGCAAAAGGAAGAUGCGGAAAGUAGGGAACGAAUACAAGAUGAUGCAGAGCAGACGAAACGUCUAUGCCGUCCAGAGUAACACAGGCCCUUAUUUCAACCCUCGCUCCCGCCAGCGGAUCCCGCGUGACCUCGCCAUGUGCGUCACCCCCAGCGGCCAGUUCUACUGCUCCAUGUGCAACGCCGGCGCCAGCGAGGAGGCUGAGUUCCGGCAGCAUCUGGAGAGCAAGCAGCACAAGAGCAAAGUCUCGGAGCAGCGCUACAAGAACGAGAUGGAGAACCUGGGCUACGUACAAUGAGACGGCGAUUCCCGCUGGCUCCAUCCUUCCUCCCUCCCUCCCCUCCCGCCAACCCUGAUGGAGGGAGCAACUUCUCUCGCCUGCCGCUUGCCGUUCGCCCUGCUUUUUCUGCUCCGUGCCUUAGGAGUUCCGCUCUCCAGCGCUUUCUCUUUUUUCUCUCUCUCUGUGUUUUAAAGCACCUACAAGGCCAGCAGCGAAAUAGGUGAAGCAAAAGGGUUUUUGCAAAUUUCGCUGCCACUUGGCACACAAGUAUGCGCUGCAGGGUGCCAAGUUCUCCGUGUUGUGUUUGCUCAUUUGCUAAGGCUCAACCUUGCCUACUUCCCCCUACCCCUAAUCUCCCCUUUGCAUGAGACUUGGCCUGGGAAGCACCGGAGCCACAAACAGGCAGGGCGCAAGUUUCGCCCUUUUCUCUCUUCUUCUUUGUCUUCUUCUUCUUUGUUUUCGCCCUGCAUUCCACUGCAGCUUCAGAAGGGGCAGUUUGGAUGAGAGAAAAGCAGCCACAGUGCUGCGCCAGGAGUCCUAGCUCCAUCGGCAGGCCAGAGCGCAAUGGCAGAGUGCACCUCUUGCAAACAGGAGGUCCUGGCUUUGAACCUGUGCACCUUCAGUUGCAUCAAAGGCUCUUGGGUACCAGGGCUGCGGAAGACCUCUGCCCCAAGGCCUGGGCGAGAUGUCGCCGCUUAGAAUUGCCAAUACUGGGCUGGAUGAGCCUGUAGAGACACAGUUGGUAGAAGACAUCUUUGUCUGUUUACAAAGAUUCUGCCGGUGGGCAUAGAGAGGGAAAGCUAAAACUCUGCAGGGUAACUCGCUUAGAAAGUAGAUAUGGGGCCAGAGGUUUGUCUG